AUUGGUAUAUUCAAAUAAAAAGUAUUUUCAAUCGAGAAAAUGAUGCAGUAGCUAAACUGUUUCAGUUGAUAAUUAUUAUUUAAUUUUUUUACAAAUUCUGCUAAUAAUAAUAUCUCUGUUGAUUUGAACCAGCGAUGAGGAGUUGCCGUCGUCAUUUGAUACUCUGUGUCCUCUUAUUGCUAUUUGAUGAAGGGUCACUGAGGUACAUCCCAUUCCCAGCAGCACCCCUCAUCCCUGCUGCCUACACAUUGGAGCCACAGGGAGACCUCUCAACAAGCCAAGAUGUCCUCACUCCUUCCCCAUCAAAUCUUCUGAACCAAAUUCACCACAAUCCUACACCAGCAUUCAAAGAUCAGCACAACACACCAUCCCAUCAAGAUAUUAUUGAUCUAUCUGGAUUUUCAACCAUUAGCAAUACUGACCACUUUGACUCAAUAUCCACAACUUCUCCAAGUGGUGGUCUCAAAUUCAAUGCCAGCCGGAAUGCCAGUCAACUUAUCAAUGGUCAAACAUCAUCAUCAUCAUCAGCUCACAAUAUUGGCUACACUGAACGGAUAGACAACGAAACUAAAAUGGCGACCGCUAGUGGUUGGAAUAACAGCAGUGAUGUUACACUUUCCUCUUCUUCUGCUAUUUCUUAUUCUGAGCUAAACAACUCUCUUGAUGGAACCAACAUUAGCCAGAGCAACGCUAGUGGCCACACUGAAGAUCUCUCUGUAACUUUGGAGGACUAUCCUCAUCCGAAUGGAUCUAUGGUGGUGCUGGAAACAAGUGAUCCGUUAGCUGAUCUAAACGUUGAUCCCAUGUCAGCCCCUGACGUCAUUGACUUCUACACUCAUCGGACAGAUUCUGUCUCGGUUACCGAUGACCUUGGCAACACUAGUCUUAGUUUACAUCGUAACAACACUAACGUUACUGUCACAGUAGAUACUAGUGCAGUAGUUACUGAGAUGGCAGCGCAGGCUGAACCGAACACAGACUUGAUGCUGGGCCUGGAGGAGAAGGAAGAGCGGGAAGAAGAGGAGGAGGUAGAGCAGGAAGAGGAGGAGGAGUUAGAGCGGGAAGAAGAGGAGGAAGAAGCCAGUGGCUAUCUUAAUACUACUCAGGAUGCUUCACUCUCAGACCCCCUGAUCGACGAUAUUAAUCAUGCUUAUGUGAUAACAGGUCACUAUAAUGUUAGUGCUGAUCCUAAUGGCUCUGUGAUAACAGGUGACUAUAAUGUUAGUGCUGAGGCUAAUGGCUCUGUGAUAACAGGUCACUAUAAUGUUAGUGCUGAUCCUAAUGGCUCUGUGAUAACAGGUCACUAUAAUGUUAGCGCUGAGGCUAAUGGCUCUGUGAUAACAGGUGACUAUAAUGUUAGCGCUGAUCCUAAUGGCUCUGUGAUAACAGGUGACUAUAAUGUUAGUGCUGAGGCUAAUGGCUCUGUGAUAACAGGUCACUAUAAUGUUAGUGCUGAGGCUAAUGGCUCUGUGAUAACAGGUCACUAUAAUGUUAGUGCUGAGGCUAAUGUCUCUGUGAUAACAGGUCACUAUAAUGUUAGCGCUGAUCCUAAUGGCUCUGUGAUAACAGGUGACUAUAAUGUUAGCGCUGAUCCUAAUGGCUCUGUGAUAACAGGUGACUAUAAUGUUAGUGCUGAGGCUAAUGGCUCUGUGAUAACAGGUCACUAUAAUGUUAGUGCUGAGGCUAAUGGCUCUAUGAUAACAGGUCACUAUAAUGUUAGCGCUGAGGCUAAUGGCUCUGUGAUAACAGGUCACUAUAAUGUUAGCGCUGAGGCUAAUGGCUCUGUGAUAACAGGUCACUAUAAUGUUAGUGCUGAGGCUAAUGUCUCUGUGAUAACAGGUCACUAUAAUGUUAGCGCUGAGGCUAAUGGCUCUGUGAUAACAGGUCACUAUAAUGUUAGCGCUGAGGCUAAUGGCUCUGUGAUAACAGGUCACUAUAAUGUUAGCGCUGAGGCCAACUACUCAUCCUCAGUUGCUAUUAGUGGCUUCAGCGACAAAUUGUACUUUAUAAAAGAAGAAACUCACAAUGAAAGUCAGGAAGCCGUUACCCUUUCCUCUUCCGCCAUUGGCUACACUGAAUAUGAAGAUUCCAUCGAAGCGACCAAUGACUACCAGAGUACUGUUACCAGCGGAGACGAAGGAACAACAUCACCUGCGCUUACUAGUACCAGCGUGGAGCAGAGUGGCGAGAAUGAGAACAAGGAAGUGCUUCCUAUUGCGGCUCCUAUGAUUGGCUAUCCUUCCUUGGAGUCUGUGGAUCCUAAUGAAAGCACCACAAAGUCAACUGUUGUGCUGAACUACAUUGACUAUAUUGACUCUGAACCUAGUUACUCUAACUAUGUGAAUGUAGCCAGCAGUGAAAAAUCUGCCCACUCUUCAUCCUCCUCCUCUCCUCUUGAACCUGACAGUGACCACCUCCAAUCUGCUGAUGAUGCUGAACUAGAGGUACUAGGCUCUGGGUUGGAGGAAGAGGAGGAGAAUAGGAGCGGAGAGAACAACUGUAGCAGCUGUAGCUGUGGUAACACCACCUCCAGUGCCAGUCACCAUCCCACCACCACCAUUGACAACACUGACUAUGAUUGGGGCUCGGCUGAAGUCAGUACGACAGGUAACCAGGGUAACAGCACAGCAGACAUUGAAGUCCCAACUGAAGUUAGUAGGAUUGUUCAGGGAAACAGCAGCAGCAUCUCCAUGGUACCUUCUGCUGAAAGCAGCUCUGUCCAUGGUAACUCCACAGUCAUUGUUCUAUCUGACUACAGUGACAACAUCACCACCACUACUCUGACCCCCACCAACCGUACCAGAGAAGGGGUUGUUGUGAGUACCACCCCCACCGCCGUGCUUGAGGAACCCACAGGAGAGAGCCGAUGUGGGACUGCAUGUUCUCCCAGCAAGGCCCUACCCUCCACCACCAGCAGUCUGGAAGCCAAAGAGGAAGAGAAGGACCAGAAAGCGUCUGAUGCUGCAAAGAAGCCCGUGUCAUUGUGGAACAGGGGCCGCUCGUUGUGGCCUCGGUUUCCAUGGAUGCGCAGGUAUUAGAACUACGGAUCUCUGGGACCGGGAACAUUUUUUGAGGGGAACCAAAUCUGAGGGGAACAUUUUUGAGGGGGAACAGUUCUGAGGGGAACAUUUUUGAGGGGGAACAGUUCUGAGGGGAACAGUUCUGAGGGGGAACAUUUUUGAGGGGGAACAGUUCUGAGGGGAACAUUUUUGAGGGGGAACAGUUCUGAGGGGAACAUUUUUGAGGGGGAACAGUUCUGAGGGGAACAUUUUUGAGGGGGAACAGUUCUGAGGGGAUUAAUGAAUGAUAAGAGAUAUUCAUAUUUGUAUUGUUUUUUUAGAUGUUGACAUGGAUGCAGUAGUUUGGGGGUUUAAUGUUCGUGCAUGUCCACUAUGUUGUUGUACACUACAAGAUGUAUAUUUUAAAUAAAUAGUCCUCAAUAGUGUUGUGUUGG